UGCGCGGCCGAGCGAGGGCGCCGCACGGGCCUGAUGGGGGUGAUCCAGGGUUUCGGGGACGCUGAGCGCCACUUUCCUCCUCCCUGGCAGUGAGAGAGAGAGGGACAAGAAGGAAGCGGACUGCUGUCCUGCCAGGCCACUUUCGCUGCGCUAUUCCGCGAGCUCCCGGCAGGAGGUGAAAGUCCCCGGCGGGGUCCGGAUGGCGCAGUUGAGCUGCGCCUACUGAACUCGCGGCCGCCUGUGCACGCAGGGCGCGGGGACUCGUCUCGGCUGCUCCCCCACUUCGCGGCGGGCGAUCUGUCCCGGACACGCCGCCUACGAGACAAUUUGACAGUUGCAGAGAGGGAUUUCAAGGCCACUUCUGACUUGCCAAGCUCGCCUUCGACCUGAAAGACCAAAGGCUGCCGUGUCUGGAGGGGACUCCCUGUUGGAGAAAUGGCCGCGACUCCCCGCCACGUGAUCACCACCACCAUGUUUGCCCUGAUGAGCUCCUGUCUGGCUACUGCUGGUCCAGAGCCCAGCACCCCGUGUGAGCUGUCACCGAUCAACGCCUCUCAUCCUGUCCAGGCCUUAAUGGAGAGUUUCACCGUUCUGUCUGGCUGCGCCAGCAGAGGCACAACCGGGCUGCCCCAAGAGGUUCACGUCCUAAACCUCCGCAUUGCGAACCAGGGAGCAGGGUGGCUGCAGAGGGAGGUUACGCUGCAUCUGAGACCCAUCUCCUCAGUGCACAUUCACUACAAGCCUGUUGUGUUCCUGCUCAACUCCCCACAGCCCCUGGUCUGGCAUCUGAAGACAGAGAGACUGGCCAACGGCGUUCCCAGACUUUUCUUGGUGUCGAAGGGUUCUAAGGUCCAGUUUUCAUCAGGAAACUUCUCCUCAACAGCAGACACAGAAGAGAGGACUUUUCCUCAAGGAAACGAACAUCUGCUAAACUGGGCCCGGAAGGUAUACGGAGCAGUGACUUCAUUCACGGAACUCAAGAUAGCAAGAAACAUCUAUAUUAAAGUGGGAGAAGAUCAAGUGUUCCCUCCCACGUGCACCAUCGGGAAGAAUUUUCUCUCCCUCAAUUACCUUGCUGAGUACCUUCAACCCAAGCCUGCUGAAGGCUGUGUCCUGUCCAGUCAGCCCCAGGAGAAGGAAGUGCACAUCAUUGAAUUAAUCGCUCCCAACUCAAACAUACACAGCCCCCUCCAGGUGGACAUUGUCAUCGACAUACAACCUGCUCGAGAGGGCCCCGAGGUGGUCAAAGACCUCAUCCUGAUCCUGAAGUGCAAGAAGGAUGUCAACUGGGUGAUCAAAUCUUUUGACGUCAGGGGAAGCCUGAAAGUUAUUGCUACCAAUAGCGUUGGCUUUGGAAAAGACAGUGAAAGAUCCAUGACAGUGACCAAGUCGGUAAAAAACGACACCCUUUCCACCCAAGAGAAUCUGGUGCAGUGGGCAUUGGACAAUGGCUACAGCCCCGUGACGUCAUACACCAUGGUGCCUGUGGCGAAUAGAUUUCAUCUUCGGCUCGAGAACAAUAAUGAGGAGAUGAGAGACGAGGAAGUCCACACCACUCCUCCAGAGCUUUGGAUCCUGCUGGGCCGUGACCACAGGCCUACCCUGGAUAACCCACCCUUCCUGGGAGGGAAAAGCAAAGAUGAAGGUCUCCCCUUCUCUUUCCAGAAUAUCCCCAAGAAAGGCUGGAAGGAGGGAGAAGAUAGGAUUCUCCAUCCAAAGAAUCCUGCCAUGCCCAGCCUCCCACUGUUUCGGGACCACAGAGAGCCGGAAGAAGUGCAGGGGGGUGUGGCCAACGCCUUGUCAGUCAAGUGUGACAGUGAAAAGUUGACUGUAACUGUGAGCAGAGACUCUCUCAGAGACUCUCUCAAGACCAGUAACUACUCAGAGGUGGAGCUCACCCUGUCAAAUCAUUCAUGCAAAGCCAAGAUGAACGGCACCCACUUUGUUUUGGAGUCCCCCCUGAAUGGCUGUGGCACUGGCCACUGGCGGUCAGCCCCUGACGGUGUGGUCUACUAUAACUCGAUUGUGGUGCAGACGCCAUCCCGCGGGGAUGUCAGCGGCAGUGGGUCAGGUGGCUUUGAAGACUUGGAGUCAGGUGACAGUGGAUUUUCAGGAGACACCGAUGAAGGAGAAACUGCCCCCCUGAGCCGAGCCAAAACUGUGAAGGUGUUCCAGUUUAACUGCAGCUUGCGGCAGCUGAGGAAUCCCAGUGGCUUCCAGGACCCGCUCGAUGGAAAUAUCACCUUCAACAUGGAGCUGUACAGCACAGACCUCUUCCUGGUGCCCUCCCCCGGGGUCUUCUCUGUGGCAGAGAACGGACAUGUUUAUGUCGAGGUAUCUGUCACCAAGGCCGACCAAGAACUGGGGUUUGCCAUCCAAACCUGCUUUGUCUCUCCGUUCUCAAACCCGGACAGGAUGUCUGAUUACACCAUCAUUGAGAACAUCUGUCCCAAGGAUGAGUCUGUGAAAUUCUACAGCUCCAAGAGAGUGCACUUUCCUAUCCCGCACGCCGAGGUGGACAAGAAGCGCUUCAGCUUCAUCUUCAAGUCCGUGUUCAAUACCUCCUUGCUCUUCCUACAGUGCGAGCUGACACUGUGCACCAGGAGGAAGGGCCCACAGAGGCUGCCGAAGUGUGUGAGUCCUGAUGAGGCCUGCACCUCUCUAGACGCCGCCAUGAUCUGGACCAUGAUGCAGAAUAAGAAGACAUUUACCAAGCCCCUGGCUGUGAUCCACCAAGCAGAUUAUAAAGAAAGCGUUCCAGACACUAAAACUAAGGAGUCCAAUCCAGUUCCUCCCCCUCCACAGAUUUUCCAUGGUCUGGACACACUAACCGUAAUGGGCAUUGCAUUUGCUGCAUUUGUUAUCGGAGCACUCCUGACAGGGGCCUUGUGGUACAUCUAUUCCCACACAGGGGAGACAGCACGAAGGCAGCAAGUCCCCACCUCACCACCGGCCUCGGAGAACAGCAGUGCAGCCCACAGCAUCGGUAGCACUCAGAGCAGCCCCUGCUCCAGCAGCAGCAUGGCCUAGCCGGAGCCCGAUGGCCGCCACUGCCGCCUCCGCCGCCGCCAGGGCAGGGCCCGAAGUCGGCGCUGCGGGUCCAGACUCCAAGGGCUCGAUCUGGGCUCCCUGUAAAGAGAGAGUGAAUUUCAGAGUACCGACAGCCUGUUGCACCCACCCCCCCAUCACCCGGACAUCUGUCACACAUGAAAGCUAAGCUGGCGGUCUUCUCCAGCCCCUCGGAGGAUGAGGGUUUCAAUGUGAAACACACUAGUGUUUUUCUUUUUUAAUGCUGCUUUGUCCAGGUGUCCAAACAGCCAUCGUUUGGGAUCAGAAGUUUGACCCAGAGUAAGGGGGGAGGAGAAAGGAAGACAGUCGGAGAGUAGAGCCAGAGACGUGGCCAAAGAUGCCCUCCUAGCUGCACCAAGAUGUAAAAUAGAAGAAAUGUCCCUUCCGUAUCCAAUCUGCACCUCUCUCUGGGUGCCCACUUCUGACCUGCCACACCCUACAUGGUGUCCUGUUUAGCUUGCCAGCCUGGGGGAGGGGCUACACCCUGCCACUUGUUAAGGCAACAUUCCUUUCUUGGGCCAAAAUGAAUGUGGAUUCCUGUUCCUCCACAUAUGUGCGCGCGCGCGCGCGCGCGCGCGCGCGCACACACACACACACACACGCCAACUCCAUACAUAUCUUAAAGUCAAAUUUGUUUAUUCUUACAGGCAUACAGAAACAGAAAAUGCCCAAAGUAUGGAACAACGGGUUGUGCCUGUUUCUGACAUUUUGUCCUGAUCAUGUUUAAACUUCGGGGGACAAAAGUGUUGUGUGUGUGUGUGUGUGUGUGUGUGUGUGUGUGUGUGUGUGCAUAUAAGCACAAGUGUGUGACAUCUGCACAUUGGAGAUAGGACCACACCCUCCUUAAAACUGUUCUAUGCUUCCAGAGUCGGAACGUGAGUUCUAAGCCGUAGACUAUGUGGACUCAACACAGCGGCCUUUCUGAUGAGCCCUUUAUCAGAGUCAGACCCUUCCAGGAGGCCCCAGAUCAUCUCACGGUGUCUCCGGUUCUGCCCUCAGAAUGCAGAGAGAGAAGGGCACUAGCUUUAAAGUAGCUCACAAAGAAAGGGUUUCAGGUGAACUUCCUUCAACAGAAUAGUAUGAUGCCACUCUGACAGCGCAAUGGCAUCUCUGUGUUAAAACCGAGCCCAUGCUGGGUCCACCGCAAAUGAAAUCGGAUUGCUCUCCCAGAAUUCCUCCAAACAACUCAAGAGUUCAUAAGUAGAAUAAGCUUGAUUCUAGCCUGAAAUUCUCAUGCGCAAACUUCACUGCCUUUCAGAGUCAGGCGGGUGUGCUUCAUGAGUGAAAACUUCAGUAGGAAAUGUUGCUGGUAGAGACGGGGCAAAUGGAUGGAGACGGCAGUCUCUUCGCCACUGAGCCGUAGUUGAACUGGAUGGGUGGGUGGAUGGAUGGGUGGAUGUGUGGAUGGAUGGGUGGAUGGGUGGGUGGAUGGAUGAUGGAUGGCUCUUAUUCAAUUGGAGUAAUUCAAACCAAAGCAGAUUGCUUCCGGGCUGAUAGCUUCAGACUGAUGCAUGAAUGCGUUGAGAGUAUUUCAGAUUUCCACACAUAAGUGCGAAUGGUGUGAGACUAGAGAAUACUUCUCUUUAGUUCAUUGUUACACGUGAGGUUGUCAUUGUGGAGGACCUGGAUUGUGCUACCUGUGUCUAAAAAUAAUGCGCUUUGCCUAACCUUCAGCAGAAUGUAAUUGUUAAGUAUAUUCUAUGUAUAAAAUGUUUAAAGAUGUCUUCAAAGAAGACUAGAGUCUUUAAAUCACUUAUAGCUAUAUUUUACUACAAAAAGUCUGUAUAAAGAUAUAUUUAAAUGUUUUAGAGAAAUUUAAGUUACUCCAUAUGAAAUGUUUAAUUUCAGUUACUGUGAAUUCUCAUCAGUUACUUUAAAAAAAAGAAAAAGAAAAAACCUUUACCGUCUUGUUAAAAAGAAAAUUAGCUAUGGGAAGGUAUUAAAAGAUUCAUUUCUUAGAUGGAUGGAGUUUAAAAAUUUUGUAAUAUAUUUAAAUGUAUAUUUUUGAGAGAGAUACUACAUUACCAAUGAUUUUAUAAUCUUAAAUUAACUUACAAAUUUAUAAAUUGCAAACAAAAAUAUUUUUAGAAGGAGAAAAAAAUUGCCUUUUAUUUCCUUGGAUCUCAAUAUCAAUAUCAGAAGUAUUACUCAGCUCAAGAACCCCGAUUCCAUAUUGGAGAAUGAAUGUUGUUAAGUAUUUCUGAAGUAUAAAGCUAGGGUCUCCUCCCCAGCCUCUUGUUACAGUAUUUCUGACUGCUUCCUGCCAAUCACAGAUUUAAUACAAAGUAUAAGCUUUACUUUUAUAACAUAUUCUGCAAGUUUCCUAAGACUGGCUGAACCCAGUUCUAUUUGCAAAGUCUUGCUUUGUUUCUGGGGGCCACGCCGUGGUCAGAGGUCAUCCUGGGCUGCUCGAGGCCAUCCUGGGCUGCUGGAGUCCAUGGUGACCGUGCAAUGCCCGGCUCUUCAUGUUGUGGUGUUCGCCAGCUGUUAACACUGCGUUUUCAAAGGCUGGAGAUUUUUCUUCUGCCUGAGCUGGUCAUGUAGCAGUUUUUUUCCCUAAACACAAAAUGGUCUCUUGCUUGUCUGGUGAUAUAUCGUGAGUCCAUUUCCCGCGUGUGUUCUCGGUAGGCAUGCCUGAGUGUGUGGGGUGCACAGGCGCGCCCUUCCUUUUUUACUGUAACUACCUCAUGGUUUGAAUGAUGCGUAUACUGCUGGUUGUGUUAACAGCACAUGUCGUCGGCUGAGUCGUGUAUGCAAACUUUUUCUUAACCCUGUUUGUUUUAUCUGGGAGUUCAUUCAUAAAAACUGACAUAUUUUUCUAGGAAGGACUAUUAUCAGUUUCCAAAUACAAUACUCCUUCCUCUAUUCUGGUUUUUCCUGAAUGAGCCUGAUUUUGUUACUGUUCUUCGUCUGUGAGGGUCAAAGUGUACCCUGAAAAAUCCCUGUGGCCAGUUGGAACACCCCUGCUGUAACCUUUCCUGUUCGUAAGUCAGAGACUUGUGAACCUGCUUAGAGGUAUAGUUUUGAUAACCACAGUUUUAAUUUCUUUAUCUGUGCAUAAUAAAAAGAUAUAUCAAUUAUUAA